AUGAAAAGAAGACAGAAAAGAUCACUAGACUGUGAUGAAGAUUACAAUGAAUGCGAUGAUUGUGAUUGCAAUGAAUGUAUGGACGAAGAAUGCGACGGGUGCAGCACUUGUUGUGGAUCUACCCCAAUUCACUCUUGCAAUACUAGAAGCUGUUGCCAUGAAACUUGCCACAGCAAAUGUAAAACUUCAUCGUGCAGGAGAAACUGCAGGAAAACAUGUAACAAAAGAGUUACGGCCGUCGAGCGAGGUGGUCUAAUAAGACAAUACAGUAACUCCAGUUCAGACAUAAGACAUAACAUAACAACGGUGAUCAAUUUAAACAAUGUAAUCAACAAUACCAACAUCAUCGAUAUUCCAAUAAAUGUCAACAAUACUAAUUUAAACAAUAUAACUGUGGAAUCGAGCGCUCCCUCUGAGUACCAUAGAUAUGAUAGUUUUUCUAGCGAAUCGCACGAAGGAAAUAAUUGCUGUAAAGUAAUUGGACCUAGGCAAUGUGUACCAAUACCCAUGUAUCCAUUCGCCAAGUGUUAUCACUACAGAAAAAAAGUAUGCGGCGAUAUGUGUCAAACAUCAAUAAUGCACGCUGAACCGCAUCAAGUUUGUGACCAAGAAAACGAUUGCCAUCAGCAGAUAUCUUACAUCCCUCAACCACAACCUAGAUGUUCAUAUACGUCGGCCUGGCCAUACGUCCAAUGCAAUGUACCUCAACCUAACUGCGAAGGUUGCUAUUCGCACACGGUAUCUGGGGGAAAUCCACCAAAAUCUUGUUCUGCCAAUUGCUACCAAAACAGUGGAUACAAUGUUGAUCCUAUGUAUAGACACGGACCAUAUUACCAGCCUGAUAUAAUGCAAAAUACAGGAUAUCAAAUGGAAAGUAUGAAUCCCAUGGAAAAUAUGAUGCAAAUAGAACUUAAUUCAGAAAAAAACUCGAAAAAAAGGAGCCAUAAGACACACGAAUCUGAUAAAUCUAUAGAGACUGUGGAUGAAACACCAACUGCAGCACUCAGUAGGAAAGAAUAA